AUGUCCAACCCUGGUACCGCUAAGCCCAUCGGCAUCAAGAAGGUCAAAGUCGCAAACAAAGGCUCGCAGAUCAAGAAAUGGGCUGGUAUAAUUGAUACUGCGACCAAAACCGACACACCUACUACUCCGACGCCCUUCUCUCAAGCGGAAGACGAUCUAUCUACACAACAGGCGAGCGUCAAGAAGGCCAAGGCCGAGGGUGUCUUAAAGUCUUCAGUUAAGGAGCGGAUCGAAGAGGAAGCCACUGACCAUACCGUCGCGUCUUCUACUUCCCCUCCCCGCGCGCUCAAAACGAAGCCGACCACGAAGCAGGAUGACUUUGACCUCUUUCCUACAGAGCGAGAUACACUUGAGCCUAAGAUGAAGAAGCGUGACGAAGAUUCGGAGCGCCGCGACCAAGCCAUAUCUCGAGCGCCUCGCGUUCCUAAUAUCCCGAACAAAUUCCCCAAGGCAAAGCUAGGCGCCCUUCCUCCCGACACGCCAGUGAAGAAAGCUCCUGAAGUGGAGAAAGUCGCUCCAAAUCUUGCCCAGUCUAUCUCUCUACAGCGGAUGAAAGACGACGCCAUGGCAACGCUGGAGCAACGCCGUAAGUCACUGGUUGCGGCCUGUGCUGCCAUCGAGCCUUUGAAAGCGGGGAGCAAAGCUACAUUUGUGGCCUUGGCCUCCUGGGGUCUCAGCGUCGAGAGGCACUUCGCACCGAAGGAUGAUGACGAGCCUGUGGCUGCCGUCGAGAAAUCGUCGGUGGUACAUGAAGCUUCCCUUGACGAAGUAGUCAUAGCUGAACUCUUCGGCAAUAACGAAGUCGAGAAGAAGCCGCUUCCCCUCACAAGUAACGACAAAGCUCAGGACACAGAGGUCACCGAUACGACACCGAAAGCGCCCAAAGCUCAGGUGAAGCCUGCUACCCCCAGGCCUCGGGCCCAGGCCAGCUUCAUGUUUAAUUCCAAGCGAAAGGACCCGAAUGCCUCUAUCUCGCGCCCACUACAAUCAAUGCCCGCAGUUGACCGCGCGAAAGCUACCACCACCAGUAUGAUAGACAGUAUAGCGGCACGUCAUGCAGAAAUGAAGAGUGAAAAGGCAGAAAAGAAGCAGACGGGAACAAAGAAGGAGGCCACAAAGACGGAGGUAACGAAGAAGGCGGCAGGAGGUACGAAGACAACUCGACGCGUCUACAAAGACUCAAACGGAAACUUGAAUAUUCGGAAAGGGAAAGCUUUGUCUUGCGCAGCAGGAGAGAAGCGCAAGCGUGGAGAUGUCUUGAAGCUGCCGAAUAAGCGUGCAGCUAUCGAGGGACGUGAUUUUGCUUCUCUGAGGGCUCGUCGUGCGAUGUCGACCGCAGAUCCUAUGGAAAUGGACGUCGCUCCAGCACUUCCACUUUCCACUUUCUCCUACACAUUAUAGGCGUAACAUGGCGUUAUCUGCAAGACAGGGUAUCUUAGAUGGUAGUAGAUUCUUUUUCACUGAUCCAUGAAUUAGUCUAUUUGCGCCGUCGGUAAUCAUCUCCGUGUCUCUUUCAUCUUCUCCUCGUCCUCCCAUUUUGUCAACCACAACCACGGUGGCGAGUGUAUCAUGAGUGUAAAAACGAUGCACACUCACGGUCUUAGGAAAUUUAAUAAUCAUACCAGCCCUCAUAUUUUGCGUCACAUGGGUUUUUUCAUCUCUAGCAUUACACAACCCUGCCUCCUCUCCUGUCUUAAUAUCUUUUUCAACUGGUAAAUUUAUCCUAUACUCCACUAGUUAGAUUUCGCGGCAUUCUUGAGGUUGGCUAUAUCCUCAGGACUGACUAAACGCGCAAAAGCAUGGUAGUACCUUCAAGGCCGCAGCAGCUGCGUCCAACUCCAUCCAAUUCAGAUACAUCCCAAACAAUCG